CAUCUCGAUUGGAAGUGUUACGCAGUAAUCAAAUGCUUAGCUAAUCUUUAUGAUCUGCAGUGGCUUUUUAACGACGGUUUUUACUUACCGCUCGUUCAAUUGCGAAAUGGAGCAUUUUCUGGUUGCUUGAAUUUUCCCUUUUUGUCUCUCUUUUUUUAAUCUUUUUUUAUUUAAUUCCCUUUGUAUAAAAGUAUUAUAGAAUAUGCCACCUAAAAAGAAGCAAACUAGUUCUCUUGGCAGAGCCGUCAUUAAAUCUCGUUUUCAAGGCCAAAAGGCUAUUGGAAUUGAUGAAGGCAAACUUCAUACAACUGAUAUAAGCAAUGAACCUAAAUGGGUCAAAAUGCAAAGUAUUACUCAAGAAAAUGAUUUGGAUGCCUUCUUGAGCACUGCAGCACUUGCUGGAACAGACUUCACGGCUGAACGUCUCAAUGUUAAAGUCGUUCAAAACGAUUAUCAGAAUCCAUUCUUGCCGUCCGAGCAAGAAGAAAAAGCACGUAUACAAAAGCAAGAAGCCAAUGUUGAUCGAUUAUCUAUCCCUCGUAGACCUCACUGGGAAAAAGCCAUGACAGCAGAGCAAGUGCAGCGCAACGAACGUGAAGCAUUUUUGGAUUGGCGUCGCAGUAUGGCCGCCUUAGAAGACGAAGAAGGGCUUUUACUUACUCCCUUUGAAAAAAAUUUGGAAGUAUGGCGACAGCUGUGGCGUGUCAUUGAACGUUCACAGUUAGUUGUGCAGAUUGUCGACGCUCGUAAUCCUUUACUUUUCCGAUCUGCCGAUUUAGAGAAAUACGUGAAAGAAGUAGAUGCAGAGAAGGAGAAUCUGUUGUUGAUCAAUAAAGCUGAUUUUCUGAAUAUAGAACAACGAAAAAAAUGGGCAGAUUAUUUUGAUGAACGUGGUAUCAAGUAUACUUUCUUCUCAGCAGCUUUGGCGGCGAAAAAGAUGCAAGAGGAGCAAGAAGAGCAACAACGGAAAGAGAUGGAAGCUGCCUUGAAAAAGGCUAAAAGCCAGACCAUUGAAGAUGAAGAGGAUAGCGAGGAAGAAGAAGAGGAUGAAGGAGAAGAUACAGCAGAUACCAAGGGAAAUAAUGUGAAGGAAAUUGGGGCGGAUUUAUCAAAAUUAUCAGUUGAUGAAAAUGAAGACGAACGUACUCGCAUCAGAACUACCACUGAUUUAUUGGAUCUUUUAAUUGAAAAGACGCCUAUUGAGAAAGACGAAAAUGGUGAGUCAAAUGGAAGAAUAACCAUUGGUCUAGUCGGUUAUCCUAACGUUGGUAAAUCCAGUACCAUUAACGCUCUCAUCGGUGAAAAGCGUGUCUCUGUAUCAUCAACGCCUGGUAAAACAAAGCAUUUCCAAACCAUUCAUUUGACUUCUUCACUUGUACUCUGUGAUUGCCCCGGUUUGGUUUUCCCUACUUUCUCUACCACCAAAGCAGAUCAAGUUUGUAAUGGUGUUUUACCUAUUGACCAAUUGCGCGAGCAUUCGGGCCCUUGUAGCUUAGUUGCAAAACGUAUUCCUAAAGAAGUCCUCGAAAAUACCUAUGGUAUCCGUAUACGUACAGUACCUAUUGAAGAUGGCGGUACUGGUAUUCCAACCAGCGCUGAACUUUGUUCAACAUACGCUAUAGCAAGAGGUUACUUCCGUUCAAGUCAAGGUACACCGGACGAGGCGCGUGCUGCCAGAUAUAUUCUUAAAGAUUAUGUGAAUGGUAAAUUAUUAUUCUGUCAUCCUCCUCCUGGUGAGGAUCCGGACGAUUUCAACAGAGAAACACAUCAAGAAGCAUUGAAAACUGUGAAAAAACUAGCUCCCACCACAAGAGUGCCAGCAACUGCAUUAAAUUACGUUGCGCCUUCGGAUGGCACUCAAACACAAGCUGGAUCUAAGACGGAUGCUGUCGAUAAAGCCUUCUUUCAAAAGCAUUUAUCAAGGCCUCAUAUCAGUGGUAGCAGUAAAAAGAUAGCAGCAACAGCAGGUGCUAUGACAGGCGGUAGGGUGACCAUGUUCCCUCAUCAACGGUUACUAGCUGACGAUGGUACACCCCUGCCUAUGAGUAGAAAAGAACGUUUAGCUAUGGUCCAGGCUAAUUUGGGCGCUGAUGAUGGUGUAAAAUCUAAAAAGCACAAGAAAGGUAAAAAGCACGUCAAAGCAAGAAGUGGUGCAGGUUAUGAUUAUAUGUAAAUAGUGUCUGUAGAUCUUUUUUUUUUCCAUUGUUCUAUACCACGACAAUAAACAACUUUUUUCAAUCUCUGCUGACUAUAAAGUUUCCACCACU